AUGAUCAUCAAGCUGAAAAUCCGAGCGCUUCUACUAGUGGCCAUAUGCCUCGUUGGAGCACACUUGAUUUUCUCAGAUAGGAUCCGAGCCGAUGAUUUGCAAACAUUCUUGAAUAACUCACUAACAUCAUCAAAUACCCAACAACCACAGUCCGAGACACAUAGAGGGAAGAGGCCACCGGGAGAAAGUCUCUCCGGUACCGACGAGGGGGUGCAAGUCGACUUGGCAAGCAAGCCGAAACCGAAAAACCCAAGAAUACAUGACUAUAGAAUCUUUUUUGAUGAUUUGGAUAGUUUCAAAAUCGACGAGCCGCCCAUCAAGAACAAAUACAAGACGGAAAAGGCCAAGGAACUAUUUUCAACCGACGACUCGUUUUUCUUCAGCAAGGAGUAUCUCGAGAAUGUGUUGGAUAUACCUGAAGCUACAUUCAACGCCAUGAAGGAGAGCCACCAACGGUAUGUCCAGACAUAUAUACCAGACCUCAUUUCCCACAAGGGCGUGGCAACAUUUGGUAAUCUUAUACCCAGCGACCCUGAAUGGGAAAACUAUGUCGACUCUAGCGGGUACGUCCUUGUCGGAGGUGGCAAGUACAGCUGGCUCUCGUAUCUUGUCAUCAAGCAAAUCAGAGCCACUGGGGCCAAGCUCCCCAUUGAGCUUUUUUUAGCAUCCGAGGACGAGUACGAAAAGGGAUUCUGCGAUCACAUUGAAAAGGAAUAUAACGCCAGAUGCAAUGUCUUUGACAAGCAAUUGGCUGGUUAUCUUCUGGACAAAUACAGCAUUGGCGGGUACCAGUACAAGAUGUUGGCGCUAUUGAGCUCCAAAUUUGAAAAUGUCUUGUACAUGGACUCUGAUAAUUUUCCCACUAGAAACGUUGACUACUUAUUUGAUUCUUACAUAUACCAAAAGACAAACUUGAUCUUGUGGCCCGACGCAUGGGCACGAACAACCAACCCAAAGUUUUACGAUAUUGCCGGCGUUGAAGUUACCGAAAAUAAACUCAGAUACUCAAACUAUGACGUUAAGCAAGCUGGCGGGAAAGCCAACUUGAAACCAUUGCUGGACUAUACCUUUGCAAGCUCGUGGUUCCACGACUUUGAAGGCACCUUACCCGACCCUACUUCCGAAACCGGGAUGUUGAUGAUCAACAAGACCAAGCACCUCAAGACAUUGCUACUUUGUCUCUACUACAACGUCUUUGGCCCCCAAUUCUACUACCCGAUCUUGACCCAAGGCUCCGCAGGAGAAGGCGACAAGGAAACAUUCAUCGCCGCCGCCACCGUUAUGAACGAGCCCUGGUACCAAACAAUGAAACAGUUCAAAUGGACCGGGUACGUCUCCAAAGCCACCGAUUCUUUCACGUCGAAAGCGCUCGCGCACUACGACCCAAUUCAGGCUGCCCAAAACCCACAACCAGAAGACGUGGACAUCAUCUUCAUGCACUUGUCCUAUCCCAAAUUCUACCCCAAUUGGCUCGUCGAUAACCACGACUUGGUAUAUGAAAAAUCAGGCGAACAUAUCCGGAUGUACGAAAGCAUCAAUGAUAAUGUCGGCUACGAUUUCGACCUUCGUGUGUUGCAAUUUUUCACUGAGUCCAUCUGUCCUAAUUACUACGGACCGGAUGGGUUGGCGAUUGAUAAUGAUGUAUCGCUCGAUUUCCAUAGUGGGUACAUGGGCCAAUACUUGGUCUAUCUCGAGGCUGACGAGGAAACAAACAGGCAGAGGUGCGAACAGGUGUUUAUACCGCAUUUGAAGUGGCUCAAGGAGACGGCCGCUAGUUCCAUCAUCGGUAAAUAG